AUGCGCGACUAUCUCCUCACCUCUGCCGACAAACGUGGGCGUCAACGUCCAGGAGCCGACUCGGAAACGCUUCCCAUGUCGCACAUCCAGUUCAACAUCUCCGACACCGUUGGCCAUAGCGGUGCAAAUGAGGUGAACAUAGGCUCCGAGUCUCAGCGCUUCGGCACUCACCGUGACGAAGGGACUGCUGGAAACGAUGAAAACAAGAAGGUCAUGCGUGAGCGCGAGCUGGAGGGAUGA